AUGGGCCAGUCCAAUUCACAGUUACCGGAGCAUGAACUUGAGCAGCUAAGCAUCGAAAGUGGACUUUCACGAUCGGGCAUUCUGACGCUUUAUCAACGAUUUUCUCAUCUGGCAACUCAUUUGGAUAAAACGCUCAACGAAGCCUUUUUAACAAAAAGUGAUUUUUUGAGUAUCUCGGAAUUACAGCAGAAUCCUCUAGGAAAUCGAAUCAUUGAUGCCUUUUUCGCAGAUGCUGAAGUUGGUGAACGUCGUAAGCUUUACUUCCGAGAUUUCGUGAAAGUUUUAAGCCAUUUCCGGCCUAUAAACAAGAAUAAGCCACAUCCUUGGAAUAGUCGUGAAGCGAAAUUGAGAUUCGCCUUCACAAUGUAUGAUUUGAAUAAGAGCGGUACGAUCACGAAAGAUGAAUUCCGCGAAAUACUACAAAUGAUGAUUGGAGAUAAUGUUCCCGAAGAGCAAGUUGACUCCAUUGCUGACCGAACAAUGCGUGAAGCAGACCGUGACGGUGACGGAUGCAUCACCUUUGCCGAAUUCUGCAGUGCUAUGGACAAGACUGAUAUUGAACAGAAAAUGUCCUUCCGCUUCCUCACAUAA